GAGCCUCCAUUCUGCCUACGCUGAGCCAAUGUGCUCCUGGGUUGGGCCAGAGACUGCUGUCUUCUCCUGAUUACAAGAAAGAAGUCUGAUUUAUAGAAGCAGAACUUGUAACAAGAUCAGUGCAAUUGUUACUUCAGAGCAGCCUGUGAAUGUUUCAGUAAUAUAUGUGCUUUUGUGGUGCUCACAUCCUUCUGGAACCCUCAAUGUGCAUGGCUGCUCUGGCUUUCCUGGCUUCUGUUGUGCUGCUUAAGACCUCACUUGCCCCUUCUCGCUUUGUUUCCUCUAUGCUGCCCAAAUCCCAGGGCCCAACUAAAAGCAAUGUUUCCCUUUGUCUGAACAAUAGAGAGAAGCUGGGUGUCCUGAACAUGUUUGACAUGUCUUUUGAUCUGUUGCUAACAUCUUUGCUUGGUUCAGCUGGCUUAAUUUGCCUUAAAUUAAACAUGUAUCUAGUCAUGUAGUGUCUAGACUGCAUCUGCCUAUGGAGAUAGCAGGUGGCUGUGGGGCAUCCUGAGGUGGAAGUGGCCAAGACCAAGAGGUUGCUGUAGUGCUGGAGCAUCACUGACGACCUCCACCACAAAGUUACACUUGGAGGGAGCUGUUCUGAACCGCGAGCGAAAGCAGCCGGAUCUCCGUGGUCUCCUCGCUAGCACUGCGCUGCCGUGCUGCUCCUCGCGUAAAAUCAGGCUGAUGGGAAAACGUCAAUCACGAAUGAGCUGAACUUUCUUCUCCUCAGCUGCGAGCCCGGGGCGGGUUGGGGAUUGUAAUUUUCCUUUUCCUUCCCUUCCUUCCCUUUCUUUCCUUCUCCUGAGUGGGAAAUGUAAAGUGAGCUCUUCCUUGCCGGUGAGGCGGUCGGGAAGCCGCGGGUGGAGGAGAUGGGCACAGGGUAGCUGCGGUGCCGGCAGCCCGCCCGCGGCAGGGCAGGGCAGGGCAGGGCAGGGGCGGCGGGCGGAGCGCGGAUGCGGGACCCCCAAGUGAGCGCGGCGGGGCCCGGCCGGGGCUGCGAGGGGCGGGCGGCUGCCGGUGCCAGCGCCUCGCCUCGGGCAGAGAGGGGCAGGUCCCCCCGCCCCUGCCAUGGAGAGCGGGAUGCCGCUGUCUGGCAGGCAGCGAGCGCUGAUCCGGGAGAGCUGGCAGCGGGUGAGCGGCAGCCCAGAGCAGCACGGCCUCGUCCUCUUCACCAGGUUGUUUGACUUGGACCCUGACCUGUUACCCCUUUUCCAGUACAAUUGCAAGCAGUUUUCCAGCCCUCAGGAGUGCCUCUCUGCCCCCGAGUUCCUGGAUCACGUCAGGAAGGUGAUGCUGGUGAUCGAUGCUGCUGUGAGCCACCUGGAGAACUUGUCCUGCCUGGAAGAAUAUCUCUGCAACCUCGGCAAGAAGCACCAGGCAGUCGGUGUGAAGGUCGAGUCUUUCUCGACUGUUGGCGAGUCCUUGCUGUACAUGCUGGAGAAAUGCCUUGGCACUGCCUUCAGCUCAGAUGUGCAGGAGGCCUGGAGCAAAUUCUAUGGUGCCGUGGUGAAAGCCAUGCGACAGGGCUGGGACACCCUCCCAGAAGGGGACUAGAUCCUGCCAGGCACCCCCAUCCCUGACCACGCAGUGGUCCUGGGCAGGGGGAGCACUCACACCAUGCUCUCUGCCUUUCUCCACCUCUGUCUUUCUCUGUGCACCAGCCCAUUGCCAUCUUCUCCAGUCACGCAUGGUUCGGGGUUCGGGGCUCUCCCAGUGGUUCCACCUUGCUUUGACACAAUCACAUCUCUGCCUUUGCUAAGGGCUGGCAGGGUAUGCCUCUGCAGCGAAGCCUCGGAGCGCCACAGUACAGGUAUGCUGCCCUGCCCCAAGUUCCUUCAGGCUAGCUGGAGUACCCAUGUAUCUACCCUGUUUUUUAGCUGGCUCAUCUUCUCUCCACUUGCUACCCACCCUAGUUAGAUGACAGCUAGCAUAGGCCUCUCGGGCUUAUUUGCCCAAGAUCCUAUUUGCCGUGCUCAAGACUGUUUACUCCUCCUGCGCUGCUGUGCCCAGUUCAGCUGUGGCAAUGGUGACUUUGGCUCCCUCCAGGGGCACGGGCAGCAGAGGUGGGAGCUGGCCGUGCCAUACGGCUGUCCUCUCCAAACCAUCUGGGGACGUUUUCCCCCUCUCCCUUCAGCAACACAUCACUACUGGAUGGUUAAUCUCUCUUGCCUUGCCUCGCCUCACCUCUCCCCUGGAUGGGAUCCAUGGCUUUUCCUUGCGUCAGGUUGGCCACGACUCAGUGUAUUUCCUAGGGAUGCUUCGGGCAGCGGAGUCAUGUUAAUCCCAAGGUGAGGCUGCUUUUAGCAGGUCUGGGCUGCCAGCUGAAAGGCUUUGUGUUGGUUUGGCUGGUUGGUUUAACCUCAGAGCCAGCUGAAAUUGAGCAGCAGCAGUGGCUCUUUGCUGCUUUGUGUUAAGGAGAGUAAAGUAAAUACAAGGAAAAGAUGUCUUAAAAUAAAAAUGAAGGUUGCAACCAUGUCAUGGCAACAGCUUCCAGAAAUCAUUCCUGGCUCUUAGCCAGAGGAAGCUUAGCUGGAAUUUCUCUGCUGAUGCUCUCAGGACCUGGAGCACUUCCCAGCUGCACACAAUGCCCAUCUGCAGAGCUCCUCGCCCUUUAGUAAAGCCUACCAGCCAUACUUCAGACACAGACGAUUCAGAGCAAAGCGAGGCACCCAGUUAGGUGUGUGCAGCAGGAUGGGAGCGAAAAGACAGCAUCUGUGGGAAGAAAUCACAGGAAAUAGCUGAGAGGCAGCACCUGAGGGCUCUGGGGGAGCUGAACUUGAGCACUUUGAAGAAGAGUUUGUCUUUAUGGGGAAGUAGCUGUGGGACAGGCGGAACCAUUAAACAGCCAUUACUUGCCCCAGGGCAAGGGCAUGGAGCAAGUGUUCAGUUAUAGGCAGUGCCCUUUUUUGCUGCUACUUCAGAGCAGGAGGAGCAUGGCAUUGAGGGCUAAGGUGGUCCUGUUCUAGAGACAAGUUCCUGCUAUGCUCGACAUCCUCCAGAAGAACAGGGGCUGAGGGGAGGCACUAGCUGUGACAGAAUGGUAUAGGGCAGGAGGGCAUGGGAAUAGGGACAUCCUCUGUGUUACCCUGUUCUGGGGCAACAGCUUUCAGCAUCAUGGGGGAGAACCUUCUGGCUUUAUGUGACAAGUAGGAAGUAGAAUGUGUGAUGGGUGGGGUGUGGUGUUACUGCCGCAAACUAUCCCUCUCCCUCUAGUUUUCCCAGCUCCUCAACUUCUCCUCUUCUGUACCACAUCUCGUGUAACUCCCAAGAGAACUGAACUAGUCUGUGUGCCUCUGAUACCCAGCUGUACUGUUUAAUAAAGAAGAACAGUGAAUCUCA